AUGUCGAAUUCAACCAUUUGCGAGUUCACUUAUAGUAUAGUCAACUGCGAAGGGUCAAAAGAAUAUAAUAUAUUGUACAUAAUUUCAAUAGCAUUGUGGUCUAUCAUUUGUAUAUUUUCUUUUGCUUUACUUUAUUGGAGACUAAAAUACAGGGAAGAUUCAAGAUUAUUCACUGGUAAAUUAUUCACUCCUUUGGAAGGGUUUCUAUUAUGGUGUGGAAUAAAUAAUUUGAGAAUUUAUAGUUUUAUAGCGGGAAUGUUUCAAACCAUGACGCGAAUGAAAUUUGAACAAUUUACAACAACAACUUCCACGCAUCGAACCUUUGAAAAUGUCAUAAAUGAAAGUAAUCAUGAUGAAAGUCGAUCAAAAACCAUGUGGAUUCCACAAGGUUAUCAGGUGACCAUCGCCUUUUGGGCUUUGACAUUUUUACUCUUUUCUUUAACUACGACCUCUUCUAUCAUGAUGGGAUUGAAUCGAAAUCUUUUACAUGAAGAAAAUGGUCCCGUUAUGAGAAGGAACAAAGCAUUUUUAUAUGCGAAUGGUUGUCUUUAUGGCACUUUUUGGUUUCAUUGUACUUUUAUUAUUUUCAUCUUGACGUUUUAUGGAAGGAAUUUAUUAAGAAUGACAGAAGAAAGUUUUAUGUUAACAGGAAUUCAAGACGCCGGUAGUAGUAAUAUUCCUGAUAGAAUAAAAAGAAGGUUGGAAAAAGCAAACAUCACCUUCAAAGCAUAUAUUAAUAAGUUAUUAAGUGCUCUUUGGAUUGGUUUGUUGUAUACCGCCAUGUCAAAUUUUGCACCUUCGAUAUGUCUUUUCGCGAUUUUAAUUGCAAUUGUACGAGCAGAAAUGAAUCCGGACCAAGAAGCAGCCACCGCAGUAGCAGUUAUUGAAUUGAAUGAGAUAAAUUCAUUUUUUUCAGACGUUGAAUCUUGA